AUGUCUGAAGCUCUACCUGAGAUGCAAUACCGGAGCCUUGGCCGCACAGGUCUGAAGGUGUCUGUGAUCUCGCUGGGCAGCUGGCUCACCUACGGUGGUCAUGUUGGCAAUGAAACCGCCUUUGACUGCCUGAAGGCUGCUUACGAGGCCGGCAUCAACUUCUUUGACACUGCGGAAGGUUACUCGGGGGGUCAAUCGGAGAUUCUGCUCGGGGAAGCGAUCAAGAAGUUUGGCUGGAAGCAAAAUGAUCUGGUCAUUUCAACCAAGCUGUACUGGGGCGGAGCCAAUGGCGCCAACCCCGACAAGCCACUGAACAACAAGGGCCUCUCCCGCAAACACAUCAUCGAGGGAAUGGACCUCUCGCUUCAGCGUCUCAACCUCCCCUAUGUGGACAUUGUCUACGCCCACCGGCCCGACCGCGAUACUCCGAUGGACGAAGUCGUCCGCGGCUUCAACCAUCUCAUCAACACCGGCAAGGCGUUCUACUGGGGUACCUCUGAGUGGACCGCCAGCGAAAUCUCCGACGCCUGGCGAAUCGCCGAUAAGUUGAACCUUAUCGGUCCUUGCGUUGAACAGCCCCAGUACAACCUCCUGGCUCGUGAGCGCGUGGAGAAGGAGUACCGCUGGCUGUACGAGGCUCACGGUCUGGGCCUCACGGUCUUUUCACCUCUCAAGGGUGGUGUCUUGACCGGCAAGUACAACGAGACGACUAACCCGCCGCCCGGCUCGCGACUGGCCGAGUCCCACGAUAAUUACAUCAAGGGUCUGCGCAAGACUGUUGGUGAUGAUGGCUGGAAGAAGCAGUUGGAGCAGGUGGCUGCUCUGAAGCCGAUCGCAGAGGAACUAGGUGUCUCCACGGCUCAGUUGUCGUUGGCUUGGAUCUUCAAGAACCCCAAUGUGUCGUCGAUGAUCAUCGGUGCUUCUCGUGUUGAGCAGGUGCUUGAGAAUGUGCGGGCGUUGGCGGUGGUGGACAAGUUGACCGAUGAGGUCCUGGAGAAGAUUGAAGCUGCGGUGGGGACCAAGCCUGCUAUGGAGGUUCGGAGAUUUUAG